AUGAUAGAGGAAGAAGACCCACCGCGGGUCUCGGGGCAAAGGCAAGCGGCCCCGCCAAGAAACCCCCGCCGCCGCCUCCCCCGCUUCCUCUCUCGGCCCCCUGGUGAGCCCCGGGGCGAGAAAGCUCCUGCACCGGGCCACAACGUCGAAAACUGCUACCGCCUGCAGGCGAUGGCCGCAUACCACUCCGCCGCGGCGCGGAGCCUGUUCCCUGCGCCCUCAAAGGGCAAGACCCACCGCAGCUCCCGCGGCAAAGGAAAGGGCGAAGGCCCGCAUCCAGCUGACCUGCUCCCUCCAGUCGGCCCCUCUGGUGGCUCCCGGGGAGAGAAAGCUUCUGUUCCGUUGAACCUCCCGGGGACCUGCCUUUCUCGCCAGUCCCGGGAGGAUCCAGUGCCCUCGCCCCCGGGCGACAUCGCCGUGGCCUUGCAGGCCAAUAACUCACCUGGUGAAGGCAAGUCUAUUCUCCUUUGGUGUAAUGCUUGA